GGCAGGAUAGUGAGCUGUUGCUGUCUCGAUCGACCCACAACUGGUCCCAGCAGGAUUUGCAGCAGCUUUCCGGUUCCAGCAACAGCUCGAUCGCCGAUAACAACAGCUCCGAGAGCACUUCCUCGACCGAGACGCUCAAGUGGCAUGGGUCGAUGAGCGACGUUUCGGAGGCGAGUCAUGUGACCGGAAUGUCAAACCUGUCCGGUGCCGGUUCUACCUCGCAGCUGAUCGCUCACAGCUCCCGGGUCCGAACCCCGCAACGGCACAACUCCGAAAGCAUUCUGUACAUGACCACGGAUGAACAACAGCUGCAGCAGCAGAAUCCUCAGUUAAUUGGUCAUCAUCAAGGAUCCAGCCCAACUGGGACGGGCGCUUCUCCGGUGGCAAGCAACGGAGGAUCGCCGAUUGGCGUGGCGGAUGACGAUCUGUUACGUUACCAGCAUCGGAGUCAGUCCAGCAGUGCCUUGGGUCCUGCUUCCUCCCCCGGAAGUAGUAGCAACAGUGUCAACAACGGAUCCUCCUCGCCCGGGAUCCGUUCUAGUCGUAGCAAUAACCGGCUGUUCCCGAUCAGCACCUACACCGAGAUUCCUAACAGCAACGGCAACAACAACAACAACAACCUUAGCAGUAGUAACAGUAGCAAUAACAAUAUUAGCAGCUUAAGUAACACCACCGGUAACGGCAUCCUUCAAGGAACGACGACUCCGACCGGAACGUCAAUGGUGGAUGGUUCCAACUGGGAAAUGUACUGGCAACUGAGUCCCCACAACUGGCAAUCGGUGGCCGAGCGGAUAAACGAACUCGAAAAACACCAGCAACAAAGUGGCACCAAUCUAGGGACGAACUCGAUCCAGCAAGCUCCCCUAGGCGGCAACAAAAAUCUAAGUCAGCAACAGCAGCAGUACCCGCAACAGCAGCAGAAGUAUACGUAUUUUGAUCCGUCCAAAACCCAUCGGGUUUCGAAUCCUUCGUUGAAGGCCUUCCAAAAGAAAGCUGUGAUAUCCUACUUCGAACGGCAGCAAGCCUACGCUCGGGAGAGCAGCCACAAUCUGUCUCGGCCAACGAGCCUAAAUUUAGGAGGCGGAGGAUCACCUCCGUCGUUGAAAUCGGUCUCGCAACGUUCCUCCAUCUCCAGUGCGUACUCCUCAUCCGGAAGUACACUGGACCUGGCACCGCCGUCUUCACAUUCCUCGAUCGUCGGAGGAGGACCCUAUCAUCAUCAUCCGAGCAUCGCGGUCCAGCAGCAGCUGGACAAGAUCGCGGCCAAUAACCUACGCAAUCAGCUAGCAUCGGUACACACGAUGAACCUUCUGAACAAAGUUCAAUCUCCCUCCCAUCAUUUGAUCGACUCGCAAAUGAUGAUCCUCAACAACAGCAGUAGCGACGUCGAGGAUCCUCAUCUCAACAUGUCCGUCGUGGCCAACGGAGAUUCGCCGCCUCCACCUCCGCCGCCGCGAUCCCGAUCGAUUGUUGUUCCAGUUAUGAACGGAGGCGCCACCGUCAUGAGCACUACUGGGCUGCAUGCCGUACCCCAUAUGACUGCUGUAAGAAGGACUUCUUCUGCCUCGGAGUACUCUUCAGUACGCGACAAAAUGAUACAGCAACGGCAACAGUUGUCCAAGGAUCUGCUGGGCCCUAUGAUCAUGGGCCCGAUCAUUGCUCUGGACGAUUGGGUCCCCGAAAGGCCACCCAAGAACCCAAUGUUGAGGAUACCUAGCCCUGAACUUCCACCUCCUCCGCCAACGUUAAGUCCUACCGAGGACAUCAUUUUGAACCAAGACGAACCACUUCCGCCACCUCCGCCGGAAAUCCUUCGACACAUACGGCAGCUGAGCGAUUCCGGAGAACCCAAAUCGAACACCGCCAGUCGACGGAACAGUUUCGCUGGUCAAACCAACAAACAAUCCCUCUAUCGAGCAUCGACGCUGGAAAACCUUUCGCCACCUCCCCUACCCAAUCUCCCUCAUCAAACUCAGAUCAGUCAUCUGAUCAUACCACCUGCGGUUCCCAAGAAACCUCAACCGCCAAUGGAACCGCACGUCAUCUACCGCAGAUCGUCAUCCAGCAUGGCAAAAUCGCAACCCUUUUCCACACAUCAAAACAUCAUGAGCAACAGCAAUACUGCCAUUCAUCAGGCACAGCGGGUCCUGGUCAACGGCAAACCGGACACUCAAAGACACUCACUUCCGAUGGCCCUCAAUUCACCUCCCACAAACCAACUCGUUCAGCAACCUCAAUUCAUUCCCCGUCAAUCGGAUCAAUCACGUGUUUCGAUGCGAAAACGGUCCCACAAUUCUUCGGAAUUUUUGGUGAAACCACCCGGAAACAACGGCAGUGGCCCGGUGGCUAUGACCCCACCACCCCCGCUUAAACCACGGAUGCCGAUGCAGCAGCUACCGAUCGAGGUCCAACAACUUCAGCAGCAGCAGCAACAGUUGAUCUCCUCGAUGGGAAGUAAAAGUUGCACUGGUCGAAAUCGUCACGGCUACCGAGUCAACGAAUACAGUUUCGACAACGACGACGAGGAGGACACCGAUAGCGACGAAGACGACAAUAAAGAUGCUUAUCGACGACACUGCUAUAACGUCAACGAAGGUGAAAGCAGCAGCAACGAAGAAGAUCGAUUUUCGGUAGGCAGUUUUCUGGGUGUUUGUCGAGGACAAUCUUCAAGCAGUCUUGCUGGGUCUCGGUCCAACAUUAGUCACACCGAUUCUGUGGCCUCUUCCAGUGGGGGGUCUUCGGCUACCGGUGGAUCUUCUGGACGAAGCAGUCGUGGUUGGCUGGUGUACUUUGGCAAUAAACUGCACCUGGCGCCCAUGCGGAAGACUUUCCUGACGACGAGUAAUUCCAAGGCUUCGUAUCUGCCACGGCAGCCACGAGACAAACUUCAUUCCGAUCCGGACCAUGGCAGCUACAAGUUGACGUUGACUUCAAACGAGGACAGCAUCAACCAUAACGACGUCUUCCCGGAGGAAAUCAUCACUUCGUCAAAGUGUAACCUGCCCGAUGUGCUGCCUCCGGGAGUGAAAUAUUCUCUCUACUCGGCCAACAACAAUAACAAUAAUAACGGCGCCUCGGCCAAUGCCAAUGGGAAAUCGAUCGUUGUUGGCAAGCCCCCGAAAACGAUUCCUCACAGUGCACCGAUCAUUUCGACCAACAGCCUAAAAUCGAUGUUCAAUUUCACACCGCAAUCGCAAACGCAGCAAAAUCAGGUCACACCUCCGAGUGCCUCCUCACCGGUGACCCCACCGCCGGCCUACAGCCCCCAAAAAUCACCCUCGCUGCCCGGGAGCCCCACCAGCCAGGUUUCGAUCCAGAGCCCCAAAUACACGUCCCAGUCGACGUUCGACCUCAAGAAAACGCAAAUCCUCGAUUCGGCCUAUCUCUCAACACAAAGCUGCCAGGCCCAGAUUGGCAUACCAAUUGGGCAGCAGCAGCCACUGGCCGAUCCGAUCAAUAGUAGCAAUUAUCUCAACCAUCCGCCGCAAAGCACCAUCACCAAUACUUCUACUGGCAGCCAGCAAACUGUAAAUAAUUAUAAUGAAAUUUCCGAAAAGCUCGAUAUCUCGGAACCAAGUCCCAUCUGCGCCUUUACUGAGCAGCCAGUAGCGAGUGCAGAAACGCACCACAACCACCACACCGAAAGCGUCUCGACGUCUUCGUCUCCGUUCAUCGAUGAUGAAAGCCCCUCAGUGGUGAGCCAGGAAGAUCACGAAGCACCCAUCAUCAGUAGCAAUAACAUUAGCUUAGCAGAAGUAAACCACGCAACUCCCUCGGUGGCUCCAGCGGACCCGAACGAAACCACGUGCUCCCAGGAACUGUCCACCAACACUCCCACGGCGGCCGUCGUCCUAACUACCACGUGCAAUUCCGUCUCGCUAGAACGAGCCACCAAGGAAAUCAACCUAGCGGAACCACUGCCGCCACCCGAAGAAGAAAACCCCCCAGAAACCCACAACCAACAAACGCCACCACAACAACUCCAAAGAACGGAAAUCGUUCUGCGGGUGGCAGCCCCUACCUCGGAAGCCUCCUCGCAAACCGAAGACGAUCUCAACAACAACACCCAGGCGGACGCCAACCUACCCCGGCGAUCGCCCACGACAACAGUCAACGCACUGUCACAAUCGAUCGCCAGCCAGCUAGUUUUCGAUCAAUCCACAUCUGAAUCAACCUGUGGCAGUAAACACUCGAUCGGAACGUCGACGGCGUCCCCGCCGGGAACGCCCACCGGCAAGAGUCCAUUCGGGGGAUUUUUUGGUGCUCCACGGAAGGUCCACCCGGAGGAAAUAGACUGUGAUAAGCUGUCGCACGAUCUGAUUAGCCAACUGUCGCCCUCGGAUAAGCUGCACACGAUACUGGCCCCCAAAACGUUCAAAUCGUCCUCGGAUUAUGUUUCUGACCUGUUCAACAUCCAAAUAGCGCCCCGACCGAUGAAGAAGGAUGCCUCAACGGCAACACCGGAAGCUAGCCCGCAGAAAAGUCCCAUGGACAUUCUCACCACCAGUUCCAGCUACUUCCAGGUGUCGGAACCGAAGGCCAAGCUGAUGACCCGGUACGGCCGGGAGAUGACGCUGAUCAACGGGGACUGCUGUGAUUUGACCAAAAAGAAGGAAGAACUGGUCCAACGGUUGGGCAAGAAGUUACUCGUGCUCUCCAAUGAACAGACCAGCAUUGCCGAGGAAAGCAACGCCAACGACCUGCUCGGUAACGAUGUGGCCCUCAAGGUAGCCCAAAAGGUCCGGCCCUCGGACGCCUCCAAGUUCCGCUCCUACGUCGACGACGUCGGCUAUAUCACCAUGCUGCUACUUUCGCUAUCCGGCCGGCUGGCCCGCACCGAAAAUGCCCUCCACAACAUCGACGAAAGUCACGCCGAUAAGAAAAUCCUCGAAGCCAAACGGGACCGAUUGCUGGAGCAGCUGGACGAGGCCAAGCAGCUGAAGGACGACAUCGAUCGGCGGGGUGCGAUUAUCGGGAAAAUUCUGGAAAAGUCGCUGACCAUCGAAGAGUACGCCGAUUACGAUUACUUUAUCAACAUGAAGGCGAAGCUGAUCGUCGACUCGCGGGAGAUCGCCGACAAGAUCAAACUGGGCGAAGAACAGCUGGCCGCCCUCAAGGAUACCCUGGUGCAAAGCGAGUGUUGACCACGAGCCGAGAGCAUUUUUUAUUGUUUUGUAAAAAUUAGAAACCCAGUAAGGAAUCCUACGUUAUACUGUAAGCUUAUAUGGGCUAGGAUAAAAUUGAACUUACAUGAUCAAUCUCAUCAGAGCAGAUAAGAAUGACCGAUCGGCUGUUGAAUAGAUAGGAUAGAUACAAACACGGCGAACAAUAAUGAUGUUUACGCAAACAGAAAUCAAGUAUAAACCAUUUUAGUAGUUUUAAAUAAGUUUGGAAGGAUGACUGUCCUAGGAUCAGAUCGCUCCAGAACGAUUGUAUAUUAUUGUAAAUUUUUAGUCAUUCGAUAUCAGAGUAAGAACCUUCUUCAGUAACCAAUUUUUGUUUUGUUCUUUUCAAAUUCGUUUAAACUCAUUAACCCACCAAUUGGCAGUUACGUUUGAAAAAAUCUCAUUUAAUAACCUUUUACUAGGAAAUACAUUAAAAAAAAUCUACCAGUUUUUCCUCGUUAAGGCGGAAAGUUCUUGCAUUUCAAUGCUGUUCUGUUGAAAUGCCCAAGAGUUUUUGCGAGUGCACCCCCAAUAUAUGUUGAUAAGUUUGCGUGUGCGUGUGCUUUUUUGAUACUUAAAUGCACGUUUAGUACGCUUUGCUUAGUCCCUCCAUACAGACGUUAAUCUCUUCGUCUUAGGUUUUUUUUUACUUGCGAGUGCCGUGCCUUACGUUUUUCCUACAUACUUUUUUAAAGUCUAACCUCAACUUUUCUAGCCCAUCAAAACCCAAUGUUGAUGGUUGGGUUUCGAUUGUGCCUUUUAUUCUUUCUCAAUCUUAAAAACUGCAUGGACUUAAAACAUUGUAGUUUAAACACUUCAGUGGCAAUAAUUCAGAUAGGUGCUUAGACACAUUAGGUCCCCUAUUAGUUUGUGAAUUUCUUCUUGUAAUAAAAUCUAUUUGAUGGAAUGAAUACUAUCCAUUUCGAUUAAACUAGAUGGAACAUCUAUCAGUCGUAGAUUUAUUGCAAUAUUUGUAAAGUAGCACCCAUUUUAGUGGAACUUUCAAACGAACGAUCGAACCUUAUUAGUUUGUACAUUAUACCUAUUUUAUCGACACUCUUGAAAACCUUUGUAUUUUAUUGUAAAAUUACGCUACUGAUUCUACCUAGACUAUUAUAAUUAUUCUUAUUAUAAUUAUUAUUACUAUAAUUAUUGAAAAACAGAAACAAAAAUGUGUAAGCACGAUAAAAUUUAAACGAAAACAACGGAUUGUGAUUUUAAUAUGAACUAUACGAAUAUCAAAAAUGGAACAUUUUAUGCAACUCAUAGGUUUGCCUAUUUUCCCCCUAGAAAGAGAGGAAUCAAUCAUUUUUUAUCAUGUAGUCUAUUAGUCCAGAGGGUAAGACACAAACACGAUUUUAGUAGUACGAUAACUGAUCGCCGCCCAAAUUGCAGCAAACACGCUAGGAAUUCAUUUCCACUCUGAUUGUUUGCUUGGGGGCCAACGCAAGUAUAUACUACCUAGCUACAAUAGUUCUUCCUAACACGAAUACAAUACCUACCUACUUAAAUACCUACCUACUACAAUACGCAUUCACGUUUCUUCAGUGUCAAAAUGUUCUAAA